AUGAAAGUCAUCCAUCCCACCGAUGUCGAGCUCCAGACCGAACAAUGCCUCAAGAACUUGUCCAAGGUCUUGGCCCAGGCCGGCGGCUCCCUCGAAUCAGUCAUCAAGACCACCGUUUUCAUCAAGGAUAUGUCCCAGUUCGCACAGAUCAACAAGGUCUAUUCGACGUUUUUCAAGGACCACAAGCCCGCCCGAAGCUGUGUUGAAGUCGCGCGUUUGCCUUUGGACGUCUUGGUCGAGAUCGAGGCUAUCGCUACUAAACUAUAA